AUGGCAAAUGAGAGAUUAAACGACUUAGUGUAUCUCCAUGGAGAUCUUGAACUCCAUAUCAUCGAGGCUCGGUACUUACCUAACAUGGACCUCGUUGUAGAGAGGAUUCGUCGUGUUUUCAACGCUUUAAAUAUUUUUGAUAAGUAUUAUUAUGCUUCUCCACGUAACAAUAUAAUCACAAGUGAUCCAUACGUGACUGUUUGCCUAGCCGGUGCUACAGUAGCACGAACGCGUGUUAUCUCAAAUUCCCAGUCCCCUGUUUGGAACGAGCAUUUUAAAAUUCCAUUGGCACAUCCAGUUUCUCAAAUAGAGUUUUAUGUCAAGGAUAACGAUGUAUUUGGAGCAGAUUUGAUUGGAAUCGCAACGGUCUCUGCAAAUAAAAUAAAAUUAGGUGAGACCAUUAGCGGUUGGUUCCCGAUCAUCGGCUCGUUCGGGAGACCACCUAAGCCUAAUGCGGCAGUUCGACUAGAAAUGAGAUUCGUACCAUGUGGGAGAAACGAUGGGAUUACGUCAUUGGGAGUGACUAAUAGUUAUUUUCCAGUAAGGCCAGGUGGGCAUGUGACUUUGUAUCAAGACGCUCACGUAUCCCACGAGGAUAUGCCCGAGAUUGAGUUAGAAGACGGUGUCUUUUACCAGCACGAGCGAUGUUGGGAAGACAUAUGCCAUGCAAUUUUGGAGGCUCACCACAUGGUUUACAUUACUGGUUGGUCGAUAUUCCACAAAGUGAAACUGGUUAGGGACCCAUUGCGACCCUUACCCAAUGGUGGGAAUCUCAGUCUUGGUGAUCUAUUAAAGUACAAAUCACAAGAAGGUGUCAGGGUCUUGUUGUUAGUGUGGGAUGACAAAACAUCUCACCACAAAUUUUUCUUUAACACGACCGGAGUAAUGCAAACGCAUGAUGAAGAAACGCGAAAGUUCUUUAAACGCUCUUCUGUUUCGUGUGUGUUGUCCCCGCGUUAUGCCAGUAGUAAGCUUAGCAUUUUCAAGCAGCAGGUUGUGGGCACCCUCUUCACGCAUCACCAGAAAUGUGUGAUUGUAGACACACAAGCAUCAGGGAACAAUAGAAAGAUAAUUGCUUUUAUUGGAGGACUUGAUCUAUGUGAUGGUCGAUAUGAUACCCCUCAACACACACUCUUCAAAGGUUUAGACACUACAUACCAGGGUGAUUACCACAAUCCCACAUUUUCAGGAGGAACCAAAGCACCUAGGCAACCAUGGCAUGACCUUCAUUGCAAAGUAGAAGGACCGGCGGCUUAUGAUAUCCUAACAAACUUUGAACAACGUUGGAAAAAGGCCACAAAGUGGUCUGAGAUUGGAAAGAAAUUUAAGAAGGUAACUCGUUGGCAUGAUGAUGCUCUAAUAAAAUUAGAACGAAUCUCAUGGAUUUUAAGUCCGUCUGCGACAAUUUCAACAAAUAACACUUCCUUAUGGGUCUCCGAGGUAGAAGAUAAGCAAAACUGGCAUGUUCAGAUUUUUAGGUCAAUUGAUUCAGGAUCAUUAAAAGGGUUUCCAAAGGAUGUUCAUGAAGCUCAUUCUCAGAAUCUUGUAUGUGCCAAGAAUCUUGUAAUCGAUAAGAGUAUACAAACAGCAUACAUACAAGCAAUCAGAUCAGCACAACACUUUAUAUAUAUUGAGAAUCAAUACUUUAUCGGAUCAUCAUUUGCAUGGCCGAAUUACAAAGAAGCAGGUGCCGAUAAUCUGGUUCCCAUGGAACUUGCACUGAAGAUUGCCAGCAAGAUAAGAGCAAACGAAAGAUUCGCGGUGUACAUUGUGAUCCCAAUGUGGCCUGAAGGAGUUCCUUCUUCUGCACCUGUACAAGAAAUUCUCUACUGGCAGGGGCAAACGAUGCAAAUGAUGUAUGAGAUCAUAGCACGAGAAAUUAGAGCCAUGAACCUUGAGAAUGUUCACCCGCGAGACUAUCUAAACUUUUACUGUUUAGGUAACCGGGAGGAGUUGCCAUCUCGUAGAAAAUGUGUGUCAAACAACAAUGAAAUGGUUUCGUUAUCUCAAAAAUGGCAAAGGUUUAUGAUAUAUGUACAUGCGAAGGGAAUGGUAGUGGAUGACGAAUAUGUGUUAUUAGGCUCCGCAAAUAUCAACCAAAGAUCAAUGGCAGGAUCGCGAGACACAGAAAUCGCAAUGGGAGCAUACCAAAGUCAACAAACAUGGAGCCACAGGAAAAAACACCCUCGUGGUCAAAUUUAUGGAUACAGAAUGUCAUUGUGGGCAGAGCACAUGGGAAAGGUGGAUGAUACAUUCAAGGAACCUCAAAGUUUAGAAUGUGUGAGGAGAGUUAAUAUGAUAGGUGAUGAUAAUUGGAAGAAAUACACAUCCGAUAAUUUCCUUCCUUUACAAGGUCAUCUUCUUAACUAUCCACUCGUUGUUGAUAUCACUGGAAAACUAACUACUUUGCCUGGUUUCGAUACCUUCCCCGAUGUUGGUGGUAAAGUUCUUGGUACUCGAACCAAUCUUCCUGACGCUCUUACCACAUAG